AUGUGGCUGUUUGGGUCCUUUUCGUCCCACGAGGACAUGCUCACGCGUCUCCGUUCACAGUCUGCUUAGGUUUCUACUCAAAAUCUGAUUUAAAAAACUUUUUUCGAGAUGGACACCGAUAAAAACCCAGUCCCGGACUCUGUAGUACCCAUUGAGAACAAAGAUGACGCCGAUUCUUUCACAAAGGUUAAGUCAAAAAAGUCUCAGAAGCGAAAACGUGAACAAGAUGGAGCGAGCAUGGACACAGAGGAGCCCGUGGCAAGCAAACGACCGCAAUUUCCGCCCAUUUCAGGAGACAAAUUACGGGGAUCAGAUGAGAUGCGCAAAAUCCCAGUUCCAGCUCACAGAUACACACCGCUGAAAGAUAACUGGCUGAAGAUUUUCACUCCUAUUGUAGAGAACCUACAACUUCAAGUUAGAUUCAACCUCAAAACAAGGAAUGUUGAAAUCAAGACAUGUAAAGAAACACAGGACAUCACCUCACUCCAAAGAGCAGCUGAUUUUGUUAAAGCAUUUGUUCUUGGAUUUCAGGUUGAAGAUGCUCUGGCUCUCAUUAGAUUAGAUGAGCUCUUCCUUGAAAGCUUUGAUGUCACAGACGUGAAACCUCUGAAGGGAGACCACUUAUCCAGAGCUAUUGGAAGAAUAGCAGGGAAGGGAGGAAAAACCAAAUUCACCAUUGAAAAUGUCACAAAGACUCGCAUUGUGCUUGCAGACACAAAAGUUCACGUAUUAGGAUCUUUCCAGAAUAUCAAGAUGGCCCGGACAGCGAUAUGCAACUUGAUCUUAGGAAGUCCACCUUCAAAGGUCUAUGGCAACAUCAGAGUGGUGGCUAGCAGGACUGCAGAGAGAUUCUAAACCUGAAGCCUGAUUGGUUACCAUAUGUAUUUCUCUUCUCCUAUUGGCUGGUGGAAUUCCUAUGUGGGAUCUGUGUUGAGACAGUCACUGCCCUUUGGACUAAUACCUCGGGUUCUUCUGUAAUCUCGUGGUUUCUGAAUCAGCUGGUAUCAAAUAUGAUUAAUAAAAUUAUGAUACGUGCAUUAAGGGAAUAUGGAUAUCUGAAAGUACGUGUUUGUGCAAAUGUGUUUUAAAAAAAAAAAAAACUAAACAAAGCAUGUGUGUACUCUUCUUUCCUGGUGAAUGAAGAUACAAGUCUAGUCAGUCACAUCUUGGUCAGGUUUAAAAUAAUAAUAAAAAAGGACAGUCAAAUAGAAUACUUUCAACAUUUCAAAGUUUAUUUAAAUUUUAUUUUUCAUACAGUAUCAAGUUUCCAACAGUCCCACAGCAUAAGAUGCAGCAUGCAGAAAAAGGAAAAAAAAAAGGUUCUCAAACUUAAAUCUUCUCAUAUCCCCACACAAACUAAAAAGAACCCAAGUCCCUCAGAGAAAAGUAGCACUUACAAACUAAAGCGCGGUCUGAACUAUACAGAGAACAGAGAGCCAGAACUGCAUUUAACAAAUACUUAUAUACAAAAGGAAAAAAAAAAAAAAAACAUCAAAUUUUCCCCUUUAAGCUGAGUACA